CAGGCCCAGCAGGGGCCAUACUGUCCAAGCUCCUGCCUUCCUCCUCCAGAUCAAAUCCUUGAUGUCUCACCGCCAAGACAGCUCUAAAGGAGGAAAUGCUGUCCUGUGCUCUUUCGCGAUUCUCCGGGUACCCGGAAGUCCUCCUGAGCUCUACCCUCUCCCUACUCCUGCAGCAUCUCCCUUUGUUCAGCCUCCAGUGGAAAUGCAGACAGUUCCCCACUCCAUGUUCCUGUCUGCCUGAAGCGUCACUCAAAUAUGGUGGCAUCUUCCGGAUUCUGAGCUGACAAAGAUGGGGAGAAAGGAGAGCGGGAAGAGCUAGAGGAUUGGGCUCCAUCUCCAUUCCCACACGAGGGAAGGAGAAGAUGUGACAGCCCCCCUCCACAGGGCUUACUCCCAGCCCAGGCCCACCAGGCCCUGACCACCCUGAUGCCCUAUGGCACUGUUCCCGCGGCUUUUCCUGGGAGACGCGAGCCCCGCCCCCUUCUGGAGAGGGCGGGGCCAGGCCAGGGGCGGGUCCUCACCAGCCGCGCCUCCCGUCGCCUUGACGACCGCGACAAGAUGGCGACCCUGCCGGGCGGGAUUCAAGGGCUGUACCCCGAGGCGCUGAGCCCCGAGCAGCUGGAGAAGCUGCGCGGCUUCAAGAUUCAGACUCGGAUUACUAAUGAAAAGUACCUAAGGACCCACAAAGAAGUGGAGUUGCUCAUAAGUGGUUUCUUCAGAGAAAUGCUUUUGAAAAGACCAGACAACAUUCAAGAAUUUGCUGCAGCAGAUGCUGCCUCUGAUUCACGUUAUGCUGGGUAUAUAAAAAUCCUCUUCUGUCGUCAUCCUGCAAGAGCCUGGCUCUCCUCUGAGAGGAUAUUCUCAGAGAGGGCGUGAUGUCUCAGAGACAGGAGCCAGCAGGCCGAGCUGAGACAAGAAUAACACUUGACUAUUUCACGGAUCCAAGACUUCCCAACAAGAUUCACAUGCAGCUAAUUAAGGAGAAGAAAGCGGCUUAAUUAGCAAAAUCAUGAUGCUCAGCUGUUGAGAGAGAACAGAAAGCAUCCAGCCUCGG